GGCCGCCCGGACAGCGUCGCGUUCUGGGGCAGUGUCCGCAGCGUCCGUCUAUCCUUAUCACGCUUUACGGCUCAAUCACAGCGUGAACAAACGCAUGCCGACCAAUGUAGGCAGGCAUGCUGCAUCGCGGCAGUUUGCAACGAUACAAUGUACGAAUCAACUAGCUGGUCAUUCCCUACGGGGAACUAUCGACGGGGAAUUAUCGGAAUGUUUUCAAACUCGCCAUUUUGUAUUAUUUGUAACCGUGCGUGUGGGGCAGCCGGUUUGCUGUCUCCGGGUCUCUCGUUUUCAAGUGCACCAUGCCGCAUGGAUAUCGCAUUUGUUGUGUCGCAACCGUGCUUCCUGCGAUUGGCCGCAUGUUUUCGGCACUCGGCAUGACGACGAGCUUCGAUGUGUGUCCGACUGUGACCGUACGGGGAACGUAUCGCGCCGCCUUUUGCAGUGAGUUCGUGCAUCACCUCACGUGGAACCGCAGACUCGGUGCAGUGUGGCCGUUCCAGUGUUGUGACAGUGUGUCUGUCGUCGUGCAUUGUUCUGUGGUGACGUUCUUGGUGAUUGCGGCUCAAGUCUGGAGCUUCCUCAUCUGUGGACCGCUGUGCUCCUGCCUUCGAACCGGCUCCUGUCACUCCGUUCCAGCGGGCAAUGCAUGGGAGUGGCCAUCAUACGUCUGAAGGUGGAGGCCGCAGCCCUGGCCAGAUGGUGAGGAUGCCUGCCCCCUACACCAUGUACAACAACCCCAGAGCCAACUUUGCUGGCAGUGGUGUUGGCACAGGCAGAAAUGGAUUGGUGGCCAGCAGCCGGCCCGUUGUCAUCCAAGACGUGUGGGCCUCUAACCUGGAGGAUGCUUUCCACACCAUCAGGUACAUGGUCCAGCAGUACAACUACAUUGCCAUGGACACAGAGUUUCCAGGGGUGGUGGCACGCCCCAUUGGGGAGUUCCGCAGUGCGGCAGACUACCAAUAUCAACUACUUCGUUGCAAUGUAGACCUGCUCAAGAUCAUCCAGCUUGGUCUCACCUUUCUCGAUGAAGCUGGUAAUACAGCCCCGAACUGCUGCACCUGGCAGUUCAACUUUAAGUUCAAUCUUAUGGAAGACAUGUAUGCACAGGACUCCAUCGACCUACUAACCAGUUCAGGCAUACAGUUCAUGAAGCACAAUGAGGAAGGCAUUGACCCAUACGAGUUUGCACAACUAUUCAUGACUUCCGGCGUGGCCUUCGCCGAGGAUGUCAGGUGGCUCACUUUUCAUAGUGGGUACGACUUCGGCUACAUGCUGAAGGUGUUGACUUGCAAGAACCUGCCUGCAGAUGAGACCGAGUUUUUUGAACUCCUGCAGAUCUUCUUCCCAGCCAUCUAUGAUGUCAAGUUUCUCAUGAGGGGCUGUAGAAGCCUACGAGGAGGCUUACAGGAGGUGGCGGACCAGCUUCACGUGGAACGUGUUGGACAGCAGCAUCAGGCAGGCAGUGACAGCUUGCUCACUGCCGCGGCCUUUUUCAAGAUGCGACAAGUUUUCUUUCAAGACAACAUUGAUGAUGCCAAGUACUGCGGGCAUCUCUAUGGCCUGGGCCCGGCGUUCAGCAACUCGAAUGGUAACGUGUACAUUGUUGAGGAAGCUGGUAGCACUGUCCAGCCUGCACCCUCCUGCACAAAAUUUGUAUCUUGAUGGCCUUCGCGGUGCUUACCACCAGUGCACCUGCUCCUCUUCAAGAGCCCAGCUGUGCUGCGUUGACUCUGCAUACCUAAUCAGGACCACCGGUGUGUGUUUCUCAAUGUCGCGCUCCCUCCUGCCGUGAACUCUGCUCUCGCAGUUGCUCCACACAUGCUCUCUGUCUGCCUUCACACCUUUCUUACGCACUGUACCACUUUCCUGGUGAUCUCAUCUCUUUUCUCUAUAUUCCACCCUCAUCCGGAAAAAAAAUUUGUUGUUCUUCUUGCA